GGCGGGGCCUGUACUCCGCCAGCCCUGCCCCGGAGCCAUGUUGGAUGGAACCGCUGGCGCCGAACCCGGGACACGGAGCGGGCCGCCCCAUGGCGACCCGCCCAGCCCCGUGCACCGUCCGCAGCCCUGUGGUGCUGCAGGUGGGAGAUGUGAAGACGGACCUGGCUCGGCCUGGCGUGGCCGUCAUUGAUGUGGCCUUGCCCCCCGCCCAGCCCCUGGAUUUGCAGGAAAUCGUCUUUAAGAACUCCUACACGGCUUUCCUGACUGUGCGAGUGCAGCGGCGCCGUCCCUGUGAUGUGGGGCGCGCCAGCGCCAGGAAGUGGGUCACCUGCUUGUGGAAUCACUGCCUGAUGCCCAGCCCGCACACAGAGGCCGGCUCCCAGGAUUACUUCUCUCUCUUCAGGCAUCAGUUGCUGUGUGAUGUGGAUCAGGUGACUGCCGUGCGUCUGAUUCUUCGCCAGCCCUCGCCCGUUUGGCUGCACUUCACCCUGGAGGAGCUGCGGCUCUACCCCAGGGGCCAGCAGAGCCUGCAGACAGACUUCCCGUCCUGGCUGUCCCACCUGGCCCCCCAGCAGCAGCCAGAAAACCUGCAUGGGGUAAGGAGGCUCCUUAUGAGCUGCGCUGGAGCUGGGGUCUCCCAGGGAGCAGUGAGCAUGUCCCGGCCAGAGUUGGGGUAUCCUGGGGGGAGAGGGCAGCAGGGUGUCCCCGACCCGGAAAAGGUGUCUACAGAAGUCCAGCAGCUGUGGGUACUAACAGAGAUGAUCCGCGCUAACCAGACGGCAGCCCGAAUCGGGCGUUUUGACGUGGAUGGCUGUUACGACAUCAAUCUGCUCUCCUACACCUGAGCUCUGGCCCAGGCUGGCUGCCCUGAACUUGCCAUCUGCACAGCACGUUUCCUUCAUUGCUGAUCAGAGUCUGCCUCAGCUCUCCCAAGCCAAGAGGGUUGUUUUCUCUCCCUCCCUGUUCUGUGCUCCCUCAGCCUCCCCCACAGCAUCUCCUGGGCUUCUUGGCGCUGGCCAGAUUCCUCCGUCUGCAUCUCCUUGGGGCCUGCGGACUUCCUCUUCUCCUGGCACUGCAUAAGCUCCCUGUUCUGGGCCUGGCAGGCAUGUCCCCCAGCCUCCUGAUCAAAUCACAUUGCAGGUGUUUGGCAGAGCACACACACACACCCCCGGGAAUUUCAGACGAAUCCUGCUUCCAGUGAGAUCUGGGGUGCCAAUAAUCCUGGGGUGGGCAAAGCUCAAGGGAUGUGCUGGGCUCUGGGAACAGAGUUACUGCCCUGAAUAUUGCACCAGAGCCCUGCCCCUCCGAGCUUGGAGCUGCCUGGGGCUCAGCGUGGGGCUGGUGUGCUGCAGGCAUGGGACAGGGAAGGGACUGUGAUGUUCCCUGUUUCUUGCCAUUGCCCAUGGCAGUGCACUGGGAGGUGCUACCCAAAAGCCACAGGGCUACUUUGGCAGUUUUUUUCUGUUCUCCCUGUUCUGGUAGGGUACAGGGCUGGGGCCCUACUACCUUCCCUUCAUGGUAGUGGGGCUGCAGGGGCAUGGCGAGGGGGGAGGAAGGACUGUCGGUUGGAGCCUUCCUGGCUGUGGAUUUUAGCAAGGUUGCAGGGCUCAGAGCCUGGGAUGGGGAGAGCUGUCUGUGGGCUCUUGGGAGCCUCAGCACCAAUGGCAAUCAAAGUAUGCUACCGCAGAACACAGUCCAGACACCCCCCAUCGCUCCCAGCCUGGGAUUGAGUGUGGGAUCCCCAUUGUCUCCCAGCCCCAAUUGGCUCCUGACCCAUAAAUGUGCAAACUCUGUGAAGAUGGGCAGCUUGUCACCUAGCCCCUCUGAUAGCCCCAGAGUGCUCCCAGAUGCUCACUUCCAAUCAUGGAGUAAAUAGCAGCCACACAGAAGAGAUUUGAACUUUUGGUCUCCUGGAUCCCAGCCUGGAGCACCUUCCCCCGGGCUCCUGGAUCAUGGCCUGGAGGCCCCCCCCCCCAUACACACACACCAGGUACUGGGGGUUGUCUCUCUCUCUCUCCUGCAGUGCUGGGCAAGAUUCCCAGCAGCCCUGUGUGCUGCUCCUGAGCACCCAGUCCCUUGGUAACACGGGUGUGGGCUGGUUCGCGGGCUCAUGGGCCUGCUCAAAAAAGCAGGGGAUGGGGUGUGUCUUGGGAACUGCUGCAGCAACCGAGCCCCACUUUGUGCCAUUAACUCUCCCAGGAGGUGCAGUGGAGAGUGCUGGCACCUGACGUGGGACAAUGGCAUGACUGCCACUUUCCCUGGUAUUCAGGGCAGUGGCAGGAGGUGAACACCUGGCCUCUCCCCAUGUUCUCUCCAAGGGGGCUGGAGUAGCUUGCACCUUCCAGCCUUCGCCACAUGUAACCUCGCGCCUACCCUGGGAAUGGCUGGCCCCAGCAUCUGUCUGGGAACCGAGGUCCAGAGAGACUUGCCCAGGGUCACAUAAGGAGUUUGUAACAGAACUGGGACAUGAGCCCUGGUCUCCUGAAUGCCAGCCUGGUGCCCUCUCCCUGGGCCAUCUUUCCUGGCCACGUGCUUCCUUCCAUCCUUCCUGGCUGCAUGUGGCUGGGCUGGCCUGAGUAGGACAUGGGUCUUGGGCUGUAGCCAGCCAUGCUGUUCCCUCCAACAGUCACUGUGCCCAUGGGGAUCUGACCCCUAUUCUGCCUGUCCCCACGGGGGGAUGCAUCAUGCAUUUGCUGGAUCUGCACCCAGCUGCUCUAAUAAACAACCCCCAAAGCUGA